ACCGCUGGGGGGAGGGGCGGCAUGACGGCGGGUUGAGCCGUCUUCCUAUCUGAAUCAAUGCUGUUCUUAUCAUCUCCCUCAUCUCUAGGAGAUUGGGAGAUUUCUGGGCUUUUUUUUUUUGUUUGUUUUUUGGUUUUUUUUUCCCCUCAUGAAUUUUCUCCUCUUGUAGUUCCUGCUGGCAAAGGAAACGAAAUCUAUGUUUUAUGAUCCAUAGGCUUUAAUCUCCACAGACUUCUCAGUCUUCUGGCGCUGCCCCUGUGCAUUUCAGCAUGCUGGUGAGCAUCAUGGUGUGCAUUCCCACCUCCCCAUCCUCCGUUAUGUGUCCCUUUUUAUCCAAGACAAAGCUGAAGACCUUUGAGAGGAAGCCAUCCACGUCAUCGGUAGAACAGGAAGAAAACUGUUGGGGUGUUGAAAGGAAAAGUGUACCUUUGUUUCAAAUAACGUUCUAAAUUCUCUUUCUGUGAGCUGUGAUCUUUCUUUCUUGUUUGUAGUCUUUCCCUCACUACAUGCUCCUGAAAAGCCAUAUGGGGUACAAUUCGGGCGCAUAGGACAAUGCAAGGGUGGCCCGGGAAUGGCUGGGGCCUGAGGGUGCAGUUCCCAGCAGGCAGCAGGAAUUUGCCAUGGCAAUCUGUAUUCCUAGCCUCUCCCAUGUCACCCAGCAACCAGUUUAAUAUUAACCCCUGCUCCCGAGGCCGGCAGGAGGAAGUACUAGCAGGAAGCUUUGGGUUGCUGCAGGCGGUCUGUACUGAGAAGUCAGCAACUCAUGGCAAACAGAGGAGCACGUUAUGCACAGCCCCAUGGUUUCAUGCAAAAGCUGUCCCCAGCGGUUCUCUGGGGCCUUCUCCUCCCCAUCAUCUGCACACCAUGGUCCUCACUGCUGCCCCGGAGUGCCAUCAAAGAACUGCUUCAGCAGCUGUAUUUGGUCUCUAAAACCUCCAGGUUCCAAGUGGAAAGCCGAGCUAGACAUCCAGCAAGCUGAGGGGCUCAUUUUCCACGUGGUUUGAAGACUUACUGAUAUACCAUGGCUUACUGAUACCACAGACUGAGCUGGGUGUCCAUGGCUUAAGAUCGUGUUAAGAUGAUCUUGAUUUUAAGAGAAAGAUGAAGACUCAGAGAUCAGCUUGAUUACCAGAUCACCUCGCCUGAUAGCAUGCCAAAAAAGCUAAUAGCCCAGAUGACUUCCUAUGGUACUGCGGUCUUUCCAAAUAGACCUAACUGAGAUUAAAAUGAUGUCAUGAGAAUUUGUACAUACUUUGAAAAAAAAGGUAAAUCUACCUCCACAUUUGGUUUUCAGUACCUCCAGCCACCCAUCCUCAUGAGAAGACAACACCCAUCACAAAACCCUCAGCAUCCAUUUGCAGCGCUGCUUUAAAAACGUCUGUUUUAUAAUUUCCAACCCGGUGGAUUGCAAUAAAAUCAGACGCUGUUUACUUUAACAUAAAAGUAAUACAUUAGUAAUUGCUUUUUGAUACGUUAUGCGUGGACGUUGCACAGAAUGAUAUCUGCCUUCCAUCCAGCAAGUCAGUGCCUUCUGGGAUAGCCAUCUAGCUCUGAAACAUGACAUUUCCUGCAGAAUACACAAUCUGCACAUGCAUAAUGUCAGUGCAUUAGAUCCAGCAGCACUGGAACGGGCUGCCCAGACAGGUUGUGGAGUCUCCUUCGAUGGAGAUAUUUACGACUCACCUGGAUGCCUGCCUGUGCGACCUGUUGUAGGGUACCUGCUUUAGCAGGGGGUUGGACUCAAUGAUCUCUUGAGGUCCCUUCCAACCCCUGCCGUUCUGUGAUUCUGUGAUUUUUCUCUGCGAGGCUGAGAGGCUGUGUUUGGCAAACCUGAAGGGAAAGCAUGACUGCAGUUUCUCUACUUCUUAUGAAUAUACACAAAAGAACCCAAUCUACAGAGGAGCUGUUUUAGUGAUUUCCAAAUUCAUUGAUUAAAUAUAUAUAUAUAUAUAGCAGCAAAGGAAUCUGAAUGACAGAGUGAGGGAAAAAUGCAGCACCACAUGAACAGAAAUAACCCCAGAAGCAGUCCUUGCCCUGCAGCGAAAUCGCCCCUUUGCCCCAGGCAGCAAGUGGCCGCAGCGCUGACCUCGCUUGUGGUUAAUAAUAAAUGGCUGUCAGCCCCACAGCUCCGGCCCCUCCGUCACGCCUUCUGCCAGGGCUGCCCCGGCACGGCUCCAGAGCCCACCCAGCCUUGUACAAGCGACGGCACCCGGAGGACCUUCUUAGGAGCUUAGGAUCUUCUGUACAAGAUGAUUGCAAAGAUCAGCUGUAGACUGGCAAGACGCGUGUCCACUGAGGCACACAGGACCACGCAGGUGAGAAGAUUUCUGCAUGGUGCUUAUUUCAGGAUUCAGCCCUCCAUACAGGAAGCCCUGGUGGAGGGGAGACCUGUCGUAGCCUUGGAGAGCACCAUCAUUACACAUGGCAUGGCCUAUCCUCAGAAUCUGAGCAUGGCCAGAGAGGUAGAAAAAAUUGUAAUGAGAAAUGGAGCAGUGCCAGCCACUAUAGGUAUUUUGAAGGGUCAAAUCCACGUGGGACUCACAGAUGAGGAACUUCAGUUCUUGGCAAGCAGUAAAAAUGUAGUUAAAGUGUCUCGGAGGGAUCUUCCUUAUGUCCUCAGCCAGGGCUUGUCUGGUGGAACUACCGUGUCUGGAACAAUGAUUGCAGCACACAAAGCAGGAAUCCCUGUGUUUGUGACAGGAGGCAUUGGAGGUGUCCAUCGGGGAGGAGAGAACACUCUGGAUGUGAGUGCUGACUUGACAGAGCUAGGACGAACUCCAGUUGCUGUUGUAUCUGCAGGAGUCAAGUCUAUCCUUGAUAUUGGCAGGACACUGGAGUAUCUGGAAACUCAGGGGGUCUGUGUGGCUGCCUUUGGAGAGUCAAGGAUGUUCCCAGCCUUCUUCUCAAGCCAGAGUGGCUUCCAGGCACCGUAUCGUGUCCAGGACGAAGAGGAGGCAGCUAAACUUAUAGCCAGCACUCUGGGGCUAGGCCUGAGCAGCGGCGUGCUGAUAGCAGUGCCCUGUCCCCAGGAGCAAGCUGCCCCGGGCCAGCUUAUUGAAGAUGCCAUCCAGCAAGCUCUCAGCGAAGCCAGGUCCAAAGGGAUUACAGGCAAAGAACUGACCCCUUUUUUGUUACAGAAGAUCAAUGAAUUAACCAACGGGAAAUCACUGGACUCCAACCUUGCUCUGAUCCAAAACAAUGCCAGAGUGGGCAGUGGCAUUGCAGUGGCCCUGAGCAAACUACAGAAAGCCACGAGGAAGGGGAGCUUGCCUCGCAGAGGGGACACAACCCUGCCUCAGCCAGUGGUGAUUGGAGGUACCAACGUUGACUUUAUAGCCAAGGCGCAGAACUCUGUCAUCCUGGGUGGUGGGCAGACAAAUGCUGGAAGAGUGAGACGAACUUUUGGCGGCGUUGGAAGAAACUUGGCAGACUGCUUAAGCCGUCUUGGGCUGACCCCUCUCUUUCUGUCAGCUGUGGGGAAGGAUGAACAUUCAGAGUCCAUCCUGCACUACUGUCACCACAUGGACAUGAGUGCCAUCCUGCAGCUGGAGGGGAAGAGCACAGCCACUUACAGUGCUAUGAUCACCAGUGCUGGGGAGCUGAGCAUCGGCUUGGGAGAUAUGGACAUCCACCAGCAGAUAACAGAGCAAUACGUGUCCCAGUUCAAGGAGAAUCUGUGCCGGGCCCCGCUAGUUUGCAUUGAUGGAAACGUGCCUCUUUCCACUAUCCAGUACAUCUGCCAACUGGCUAGAGAUCAUCAACUAGCAGUGUGCUACGAGCCGACAGAUGAGAACAAGGCCUCUAAGCCAUUCCUCUCAGACAGCUGGAAAGCACUCACGUACAUUUCCCCCAACCUGCAAGAGCUAAAAGCAAUAAACCGGACUCUUGGGAACCCUCUGCCAGCAGAGGCGCCAUCCAGGCUGGAGGACAUUAUCAAGAUGGCAGCAGCUUUGGCCCGCCCUUUGCUGUCCCACCUGUGCUGUGUGGUCGUGACCCUUGGUGCUCAUGGCGUCCUCCUGUGUGGCAGGAGCCUGGGAGGGAGUAUCUCCCUUCGUCCAGCACCUCACGAGCAGACCGCUGCUGCCAGCCUCUGUGCCACCCACUACCCCGCCAUCCCCAUCAGCAGGGAGGAGAUAGUCAACGUCUCAGGAGCUGGUGACAGUUUAAUGGCAGGAAUCGCUGCAGGGAUGCUUGCCAACCACGACACAGACACCUGUGUCCGGAUGGGCCUGCUGGCUGCACGCUUCUCUCUCUGUUCCUAUGAGCCCAUUUCCCCAGAAAUCAGCACGUCCACCGUCAGCCAGGAACAAGUCCAGAGCAAGCCCUGGCCAGAGGUGAAGGUAUGGAAGCUGGACUAGAGUGACAUGGCUUUCUCAUCCAUCACCUCCUCGUGCACCCAGCAGUACUGUCUCCAGGAAUUAGGCCAUGUUUUCAGUUUCAAGCUCAAAAGCUGACUAGAGGACUGGAGCUACUGGUACAUGCUGCUUUUUGGGAGGUGAAGUCCCAGUGGAGUGCAUCUGAUAGCAACUUGUAUUGCACUGUUCACAUUCAUGUUUUUCUGUUGUUGCUUCCUCUCUCUCAUGAGUUACAACCACUGCUUUGGUCUUCUG